UGCAAGAACAUGGCUGGGCGAAAGACACUGCCCCUCUGUUUUGGAAUAAUCUUACAAGUGCUUCUGGCCACCGCUGCCCAGGAUCAGAUGACUUCGUUCUGUGCCAACGAUGGAACUCCAGCGUGUGCCCAAAGUCGGAAUAAUGGAAUGUACUUAUUGUUCGACAACGAAUGCGAUCUGCGAAAGGCCCAGCGGGGAAACCUCAUGAAUGGACCUCUGUAUGACGUAUCCCUUCGCUUUUGCUUUCCGAACUGUGAGUUCCAAUGCAGCCCGAGAUAUCAGCCAGUUUGCGGAAUCAACUCAAGAUCAGGAGAACGCAAGACCUUCAGAAGCCGAUGCGAGAUGGUGAGGACCUCUUGUCUCUCCAGAACGGAUUGGCUGGUCCAUCGGUGGGGAGUGUGUCCCAAGGCCAACACAAUAACCCAAAGCAGUGAGAAGACCCCUGUACCCGUUCCUUGCACCAGGAUCUACCGUCCUGUGUGUGCCAUGUACGCGGGUGUCAAGUCCACCUUCUCCAACGAGUGUCUUGUGAAUGCUGAGAACAUCAAGACCCAGAGAAAUUGGCGCAUCGUAUCCGAGGGCCUCUGUGGCGAGGACAGCACCAAGAUGAAGCACAGCCGCAAGCAGAAACCGAAGGCCAAACCCAAGUCGGAGGCAGAGCGCACGAAGAGGAGCCACAAGGGCAGGGGGUCGUCCACUCAGGCGGAAGACUUCCAGAUACCGGAGGACGCGGUGGAGAUCUACGCUCCCUCCACUUUCCACACGCAGUUCAUCAGCCACACGGGCGCCGUGGAGAAGAGCUACUCGCUGCCCGCCAGGAAACCCUAUGUAGUCCCUUUGAAACCGAAAAUGGGAAAGGGUCUCGAAAAUGUUAACAGUCACGUGAAGUCCUGCGUUUUCGGCAAUGAGACAAUUUGCGGGAGUUUCAGGGGACAGAGUCGCACAUUUUCCAGUGUCUGUGAGUUAAUGGAUUACAGCCAAAAAGUUGGAAAUGCCUGGACCAUUUCUUACAAUGGAGCCUGUCGCCGCUGUGACAAACCUUGUCCCACAGCUUACCAACCCAUUUGCGCCACUCGCGACGGCAUCUAUAAUACGAUCGUCAAUGAGUGUUAUUUAGAGAGAGUGCGAUGCAAGGAGCCAAACAGCACUUGGAAGUUUUCCCACAAGGGAGAGUGUCCCAAGACCAGCGGUCAAGCUACGCGGAAAAUGUCCACUGACAGAAGUCGCCCACUGUCUUUGGUGCCUCGGGUGUUGUUUGGAAGGAGUAAUAGCACCACCAUCGCACCACAGUAUCGCUUUAGGAAACCUUCGCUGAGGACCACAACCACUAAGGCUCCAACCACCCCUAGUAGGCAGCAUCAGCUAAUGAAGAGAAUGUUCAAGGCCCCUUUACCUUCGCUGGAAACUAAUAGCCGGAAAAUACGCAAAACAGAGCUGGUUACUGCGGGAUUUGGAGGUUUUGGUGUUUCGGGCGACUCAAAUCGCGUGAGCGCAGAUGAAGAUGCUUCCUGGUCCGUGAAUGACAACUGGCUGGUGCGAAAAACCCUCGAUAAUGUAAAGUUCUUCCUUGGCAAGAAACCAACAUCUUUUAAGAAGACGCAUAGCGAGAAGAGCCCACUGUACUACUUGACCGUCCCACCGAAACACACAAGCACCACCACCACAUCGACCACCUCGACGAGCACCACCACAACAGCACCGCCACCACCCAGACUGCCAGCCAUUUUGAGCACCGCUUCCAAGGAGCUACUAAACUUGGAUUUUGGUAACACAGCCAGUGCUUAUGAAGAUGUCGAGCGGGAAUUGCUGCUCAUGCUAACCACCAAAGAGGCCACCACUACAAGCUCUACAACACCUGUGCCAAGCACCACCCAACCGCCCAAAACCACGGAUUCCUCGACCACUGAGUUGCUAACCAGUUCAGAUAGUGCUUCUUUCAUUUCGGAAACAGCAAAUGAAGACUCAACCACUGACUUCGGCGAGUCGACUGAUCCGCCAACCACAGACAUUGCCUCAAGUACCACGGCUGCACCACCGUUCUCGACCACUGAAGCCGAGGAGCUGAACAGCCAAACCACCGGCAGCGAUGUGGCAACCACAGAAGCCUCCAGUGAGCUGCCAUCAACCACCUUGAAUGCGGACUACACGGCGGAUGAGUCAUUUUCGGAGUCCAGUGGUCAGACCUCAAUCUACGGACUCGACAAGAACUCCCUGAUAAUGCGACUGUUGCGCGCCAGAAGUAACCAGAACGUGGUCAUUUAGUUAGAAAAUACUAUGUUAAGAACUAUGCUUAAGUUGUUAGUUACUAGCAAUUCUUAAAUAACAUUUGUUAUAUUUGUAGAUACCAAGAGUUGGAAGUCAAAUUUUAAAGUCUUUGAAGCUUGGAGUUAAAAUAUAAUUAUAAAUGAUUUGUUGUAGAAAGAAAUAAUACAAGAAAAGUAAAAAUGAAUAAAUAAAUAAUA